UACAAGUGGCGUUCGUCAGGGUUGCCCGAUUUCCCCGUUUUUGUUCAAUUUCGUCGUGGAUUCUAUCAUGGAGUGUUCCCUGACGGAAUCCAACGAUGUAGGCGUUGAAGUGCUGCCUGGUGAACGGUUAGUUGAUCUAGAUUAUGCGGACGAUAUCGUCUUGCUUUUCGACAAUGUUGAGGCGGCACAAUCAACCCUGAAUAGCCUGUCCAGAGUGGUACCAUUAUUUGGUAUGCACUUCGCACCUUCAAAGUGCAAAGUGUUGCUGCAGGACCACCAGCCACUUGAUGACCCCUUGACGCUUGCUAACGAGGAACUCGAGGUGGUUGAUCAUUUCACUUACCUUGGCAGCUGCGUCAGCAAUGAUGGGCGCAUAGAAACUGACGUGAGCUCACGCAUUGCAAAGGCCAGAGCUGCCUUCUUGAACCUACGACAUCUUUGGCGACAGAACGGAGUUUCCCUCCGUCUGAAAGGUCGUGUAUACAAGGCCACAGUGAGGGCCGUUCUGCUGUAUGGUAGUGAGACUUGGCCCCUUCGGUCUGAAGAUCUGAGGCGCCUUCAAGUCUUUGAUCAUCGUUGUUUGCGAAGCAUUGCCGGUGUCAGAUGGCACCAGCGUUUCCGCAACGAUGAUGUGCGUAGGCGAGUACUAAGUGGUGAUGAUCAUGCUAGCACCCUAGAACAACAGAUAGCACUGAAUGAGUUGCGUUGGCUCGGGCACGUGCUACGUAUGCCUGGUCACCGCUUACCUAGGAGAGCCUUGUUUAGUCUGCCAGAUGUAGGGUGGCGCAAGGCUCGAGGUGGACAGAAGUUGACUUGGCAGCGGGAAAUGAAGUUACUGACAACCAAACUGGGUGCCGUUGGUCCGUCUCGCCUUCCGGGUUGGAGUCCACUUGACUCACCCUGUGCUUGGCUCGAGACUUUACAGGACAUGGCUCGCAGUAGACACCAGUGGCGCGUCUGCUGCCGUCUCCUAAUCGGAUUGUCU